AUGGGAUCGGCCCGGACGCUCCCAGGCAAAGCUGUACCGCCUGAAUUAUGUAGACGCCUCUUCCACUUUCCAACAGAAGAGCCGGAGGAGAGAGAAGAGCCGGAGCAGAGAGAAGAGCCGGAGCAGAGAGAAGAGCCGGAGGAGAGAGAAGAGCCGGAGCAGAGAGAAGAGCCGGAGCAGAGAGAAGAGCCGGAGGAGAGAGAAGAGCCGGAGCAGAGAGAAGAGCCGGAGCAGAGAGAAGAGCUGGAGCAGAGAGAAGAGCCGGAGCAGAGAGAAGAGCCGGAGGAGAGAGAAGAGCCGGAGCAGAGAGAAGAGCCGGAGCAGAGAGAAGAGCCGGAGGAGAGAGAAGAGCCGGAGCAGAGAGAAGAGCCGGAGCAGAGAAGAGCCGGAGCAGAGAGAAGAGCCGGAGGAGAGAGAAGAGCCGGAGCAGAGAGAAGAGCCGGAGGAGAGAAGAGCCGGAGCAGAGAGAAAAGCCCGGAGCAGAGAGAAGAGCCCGGAGCAGAGAGAAGAGCCCGGAGCAGAGAAGAGCCCGGAGCAGAGAGAAGAGCCGGAGCAGAGAAGAGCCGGAGCAGAGAAGAGCCCGGAGCAGAGAAGAGCUGGAGCAGAGAAGAGCCCGGAGCAGAGAGAAGAGCCCGGAGCAGAGAAGAGCUGGAGCAGAGAAGAGCCCGGAGCAGAGAAGAGCUGGAGCAGAGAAGAGCCCGGAGCAGAGAAGAGCUGGAGCAGAGAGAAGAGCCCGGAGUGAACAUGGCAUGUGUUCGAGUCCCCUGCUCGGACCAGGGAGAGCCCAAACCAGACACACCAUGUUGUCGCUCGCUGGUGUCCUGCCUGGGCUUUUUAUAUUUUUAUCACAUGCUUGUGAUAAACGUGGACCUUCUGACUCACGGGCCGCUGCAGAUCCUCACACACAGAGCUAAAGUGGACCUUCUGACUCACGGGCCGCUGCAGAUCCUCACACACAGAGCUAAAGUGGACCUUCUGACUCACGGGCCGCUGCAGAUCCUCACACACAGAGCUAAAGUGGACCUUCUGACUCACGGGCCGCUGCAGAUCCUCACACACAGAGCUAAAGUGGACCUCCUGACUCACGGGCCGCUGCAGAUCCUCACACACAGAGCUAAAGUGGACCUCCUGACUCACGGGCCGCUGCAGAUCCUCACACACAGAGCUAAAGUGGACCUCCUGACUCACGGGCCGCUGCAGAUCCUCACACACAGAGCUAAAGUGGACCUUCUGACUCACGGGCCGCUGCAGAUCCUCACACACAGAGCUAAAGUGGACCUUCUGACUCACGGGCCGCUGCAGAUCCUCACACACAGAGCUAAAGUGGACCUCCUGACUCACGGGCCGCUACAGAUCCUCACACACAGAGCUAAAGUGGACCUCCUGACUCACGGGCCGCUGCAGAUCCUCACACACAGAGCUAAAGUGGACAUCCUGACUCACGGGCCGCUGCAGAUCCUCACACACAGAGCUAAAGUGGACCUUCUGACUCACGGGCCGCUGCAGAUCCUCACACACAGAGCUAAAGUGGACCUCCUGACUCACGGGCCGCUACAGAUCCUCACACACAGAGCUAAAGUGGACCUCCUGACUCACGGGCCGCUGCAGAUCCUCACACACAGAGCUAAAGUGGACCUCCUGACUCACGGGCCGCUGCAGAUCCUCACACACAGAGCUAAAGUGGACCUCCUGACUCACGGGCCGCUGCAGAUCCUCACACACAGAGCUAAAGUGGACCUCCUGACUCACGGGCCGCUGCAGAUCCUCACACACAGAGCUAAAGUGGACCUCCUGACUCACGGGCCGCUGCAGAUCCUCACACACAGAGCUAAAGUGGACCUCCUGACUCACGGGCCGCUGCAGAUCCUCACACACAGAGCUAAAAUCCUCACACACAGAGCUAAAGUGGACCUUCUGACUCACGGGCCGCUGCAGAUCCUCACACACAGAGCUAAAGUGGACCUUCUGACUCACGGGCCGCUGCAGAUCCUCACACACAGAGCUAAAGUGGACCUUCUGACUCACGGGCCGCUGCAGAUCCUCACACACAGAGCUAAAGUGGACCUUCUGACUCACGGGCCGCUGCAGAUCCUCACACGCAGAGCUAAAGUGGACCUUCUGACUCACAUUUUCAAGAGCAAAGUUCUGGAGCUCGGGGAGAAGUUGCUGCCCGCAUUCAACACACCGACAGGAGUCCCCCGGGGAGUCAUCAACCUGGGGAGUGGGACCAGUUGGAGCUGGGGCUGGGCCUCCGCUGGGAGCAGCAUCUUGGCAGAGUUUGGGACCCUUCACCUGGAGUUCGUGCACCUCUCGGAGCUGUCUGCAAACCCCAUCUACACCGAGAAGGUUAUGAACAUCAGGAAACUGCUGAACAAGAUCGAGAAACCCCACGGCCUCUACCCAAACUUCCUCAGUCCCGUCAGCGGCAACUGGGUCCAACUGCAGCUUAACAUCGGGGGGACAACUUGGAGUUUCAAUUGA